AUGGAAAAAGGAAACCCAGCUCUGGAAUCUGCCCCGCCCUACAUGGGACCCCCUCCUAACUAUGGGAUGCCUGGGCCUCCACCUCCGGCGGGCCCAGGUGGAUUUUACCCAGCAGCCCCUCCACCUGCUGGAUACCAGGCAGGUCUGUGACUGGUGCUGUUACCUAACAAUUCAGUCCAGAUUACAGUUUAAUACAAGAAAACAGGCGUAAAAAACAGACAGUCAGCCAAACAGUCACUCAGUCAUUACAGCCGUUAUAGACCCUGCAUGAACAUUUUUAUUUUAAACUGACCUGUGACCACAUUCGUCCCCCAAUGACAGUUACAUUUUAACAUUUAACACAGUAACACUGUUACAUUAUGAUGCAGUUACAUUAUGACGCAGUAACACAGUUACAUUUUAACAUGGUGGUACUGUAACACUGUUACAUUAUGAUGCAGUUACAUUAUGAUGCGGUAACAGUUACAUUUUAACAUGGUGACAUUGUAACACUGUUACAUUAUAACACUGUAACAUUACGAUGCAGUUACAUUCUGAGAUGGUGGUACUGUAAUGCUGUUACAUUAUAACACUGUAACAUUACAAUGCAGUUACAUAAUGAGAUGGUGACAUGGUAACACAGUAUCAUUAUGACGUAGUAACAUUAUGAUGCAGUAACAGUUACAUUUUAACAUGGUGGCACUAUAACACUGUUACAUUAUAACACUGUAACAAUACAAUGUAGUUACAUUUUAACAUGGUAGCACUAUAACAUUGUUACAUUAACACUGUAACAUUACGAUGCAGUUACAUCCUGAGAUGGUGGCACUGUAAUGCAGUAACAUUAUGAUGCAGUAAAAUUAUGACGCAGUAACAGUUAUAUUUUAACAUGGUGGCACUGUAACACUGUUACAUAGUGAUGCAGUUACAUUUUAACACGGUGGCACUGUAAUGCUGUUACAUUAUGAGAUGGUGAUGUUGAGGUCAGGGUUCAUCGAUUCAACAGAAAAGUCGAGUUUUAAAAACAGAUAAUCUGUUUUAUCGAAGAAGCCGCAGACUCUCACAGUUCAGCCCAGAGCUGAUCCUAACAGACGCCAACCUGUUGUGAUGGCCAAUCAGACUUUGUAGAGGGCUCAAUCCCUCUGGACCUAACCCUGGGUCCAUCUUUGGCCUUCUGACCCCCGACUUACCUUUACCCCCUGCAGGUAACCUGUGAGAAAACAGCUGACAGAGAAACAACAGAGUAAAUAUCAGCGUUUGUAGGAGUGAGGCACCUGUUCAGGUAGAGCUGUCUGCAAGUACCUGCUCUGACCUCUGUGACCUUUUCUCCAUCCACCAGGUCCUCCCUAUGUUCCUGCUGCACCUGCAACCACAGGUGAGGACUAUUACUGGGGGGGCGCACACACACACACACACACACACACACACACACACACACACACACACACACACACACACACACAGGUGUUUGGGCUCGUGUGUGGAGUCACAGUUUUCUGUUUUUACUGAACGGUGAGGAGACAAAGACUUGGACUCUGGUUUGAUUUGACAGAAUAAAGAUGAAGUGUUGACAUGUUUCUAGAUGUUUCUACACUCUGCUGUUUCUGGAAAGUUCUUCACUUGACUCUCUGCUGCGCCUGCUCUGUUUGACCUCUAAUGACCUUAUGUUCAGGUAAAGUGCAGACAGGUCCUGUCUUCUCAUUGGUCUUAUAUUUUAACCCGCAGUGACUCACAUGGUCGUGUCGCCGCCUCUCCAUGACCAGCCGAGUCAGGCGGUGUGUCCUCACUGUCAGCAGACGGUCGUCACAGAGACUCAGCGCACGUCAGGCCUGCUGACCUGGGCCAUCUGUGCCGGUCUGGCUCUUUUCGGGUAAAAACCGUGACAUGAAGGAACAUCACCCAUAAAAACAAGAAGAACCAGAAGGACUCUACCAUCAGAGCGAAACCAUUAAAACCAGUUUACUGUCUGUCCUCCUGCAGGUGCUUCCUCUGCUGCUGUAUCCCGUUCUGCAUCGAUUCCUGUCAGGACGUGGAGCAUCAUUGCCCCUCCUGCAAAAGAAUCAUCUACGUAUAUAAGCGGAUGUGA